CAACGUGAUGUACCUGUCAUAGGUAAUUGAUGAGCUGUAGUAUUUGAAUUGAUUAAAUAAUUAUAAAUACUAAUUUUAAAUGACAUUAUGGUAUGAAAUUAUUUAUAAAUUUAAUUAAAAAAUGUUCCUGCUAUAGCUCCAUGACCAUAUUUAACGGAUCCGUAAUAUCCGGAUCCUAUGAGUCGUUGGAUCCGGAUCUUAUAUAUGUCGGAUAUCCGGAUAUUUCGGAGAUCCCGAUAUCCGGAUCUCAAACCCUAUUUAGAGUAAAACGCGAAUUUCUCCUGGAUGGUACACAUUUUCCAAGAUGGCUGCGAUUCUUCGAGGUCCCCAAAUGUCAAAUGGUAUGGGCAUGAAAAAGGGGCCUCUAAUUUAUAUAGAUACAUACCAAAAUGAUUGUUCCAGAGAUUUCGAGGUUGGUCCUAAUCCGAUGGUGAACACUUUUGGCAACUUUGUCUAUAACAAAGUAUUUUUUACAUUUCAAAUAUUGUUGACGAUGUGCUGAUAUUCCGUGAAAUGGAAAACGAUUAUCAGGCCAGAAAUCGGGACUGAGUUCGGGCCCGUUAUCGGAAAGUGUGGAUGUAAUUGGCGCUUUAACUCUCAGAAUGACAUUCGUUUUUCGGGUGAAAUCGGACGUUAUCACGUAAUAGAAAAUGACGGUGUCUUACUGAUUUAGUUGCAAUCCAACACCACAAAGUAUCUUAUAAUAGGUAUUUACAUUUGCUGGCAAUAAGCAGAUAAGCACGCUAGUUUGCUUAUUGCUAGCGAAUGUUAAUAGUUUAUAUAAGCAUGCUAUUGCAGAGCAUGUGUAUUAGUACCUCAAACACACACAUGUAUAACUUAAGUAAAGAGUAUUGUAAUAUUACAGCCGCCACACUAUCAGGCCCGACGUUGGAUCCGAGUAAGAGUAUUAUUCCGUUUCAUCAAAUAUCAGUACAUCGCGAUGUGACGCUAGAUAAUAGACGAUGCAUCGUCUACAAUAUUGGAAAUGUAAAAUGUUUUUAGACUUAAAGGUUCAAUGCCGCUUGUGAGUUUGGGAUUGUGGACGAUUCGUACAGCGCGCCUUUGGACUGAGUCGAAGGGCCCAAGCUGGCAUCCAGGUGCUCCUGCCCAAAGGUCACAGCAGUUCUCCAUGUGGUCUGACUUGCGAUUUAUAUAGAAGCAGUCAUUGCCCCGGAAAAUUUGGUUCAUAUGCAAAAAUAUCAAACACUGAAUAUUUCUGGCAAUUAAAAUUCCGUGAAACGGAUAACGAUUAUCAGGCCCGACAUUGGGACUGAUUUUGGGCCCGAUAUCGGGAAGUGUGGAUGUAAUUGGCGCUUUAGCCGUAGAAAUGGUGAUCGGGAUUCGGGCUCCAAGCCCAAGUUUACCUACUUAAUUAUCGUGACGCUGGCAGAAAUAGUUAAAAUCUUAAUUAAGAAGAAUUGUUCAUCUUGUUAGCGUCACAAUUGACUUACUAAGUAUGACAUUAAUACUAAAUAAGUUUAAAAUGGCAUGUGGCUGUUUAAAAUAUGGUAAGAUACAUUUUAAUUUCACAUUUUUAGAUUGCCUGUCUAGCGCGCUACCGAUGCCAUUAGCGGUUAUAAAUCAUUAUCUCACUGCUUCGCACUUCGGAGUGAUGUCCGGUGCAGCGGGUUUCAACUUUGUAGCUUUGUAAAAUGAAAUUUUGCAUUUUCAAAAACCGCUUGGUAUUAUAACACAUCCGCCUCUCCGUACUCCGUACGAAUGUGCGAGUCGCACGACGAAUCACGCUUUCGAACGGAGAUGCGGUACGCGCCGCAGGUUAUGCCACACCGAGCCGUACAAUAUAAUUUUGCCAUUUUUAUUUCAGGGUUGACUUUAUCUCUCCUAUGCAUAGUUACAAGUAAAAACUCGAAGAAUUUAAUGGAAAGCGUGCAACCAACGGAUUCUCCCGUCAAAGUAACGGCAGUUUUCAUUGACUGUGAAAUAGAUGACAUGCAAAAAGUAUCUAAGGAAGAAGACAAUCGAUUUGAGCGCGAAGAAUUAUUCAAACAUAACGCUUUGCGUAACUGCGACAAGAAAUUGGCGCUCACUAUCAAGCUUACCAGCAAAUCUGCUAAUUCAGCAGAUGAGUAUGUGCCUAUUGAUCACGUCGUGGACGGGCGCAGCAAGAGGCGCGUGCGGCUGCUGAACCCCUACGUGCUGCACCUGCGUCGCGACGCGCCGCUCGAGGCUUACAGGUUGAAGUUUAUUGAAGUAAAUACCAGCUUAUAUUAUUCUCUUUACCUGCUUUAUACACUCGGAAUUAACACUACCAACAAAAAUCAACGUGCUUGACCAAAAUCACGUUUUUAUUUAUAUAUUAUAAUAAGAUUUUGGCCUCCGCUCAAAAUGGUUGUAGGGCUAGGUCCCGUGGUACUAAAGAUCUACUCCUCAUAGCUCACUUGACUAAAAGUCCUAUGUCCCAUAAGUGGGGCAGAGGGCGUUCACAGUCCCAAGUAGCAUAUAAGUGUCGGCAACAUCAAUAUACCAGCUAAUUUAGAACUUUAGAGUAAUUUAAGGGACGUAUAGAGAUUUAACCUGUAUAAAAGGUAUUUUACAGUAAUUAUACAGCUCAAGCUGUAUAAAACCAUUAUAGAGGAUCUGCGUAAGCAUGGGGUCCUUUGUCACUACAUAAAAACACAAUAUAACACUUUAAUUGCAUUAUGCGUCAAUUUACUUAAAGUUAAUUAGAAUUGAAUUUUUGUGAUGUUUAAUUACAUUGAAUGUCAAUCUAAUCACCUAUUAAAUGACAUUAACGUUUCAAAAAUUAAUUCGUGUUACUUUCAAUUGCAUUGCAGUUCAAUGGAAAAAAAAUUUUUUUUCAUAAAUAAUUUAUGUGACUAUUGUUCGGUACUACUAAAAUUAUAAUAAUAAAAAUACAAGCUUCAGUGAAUUAUAUGAUCGUAAUAUUUUGAAAUGAGACUCGACAAAAUGACCCUAAACCCUGGCAGUACCCAGUGAAACUCAGAUUUAGUGCAACAUGUUGGUAGACACACGGUUCUUGGUCUUAUACAUACAAAAUAGGCACACGCUACGAGUAUUUUAGUCAUCUGACUCGUCUUGGUGAGCAUUUGAGAGAGCAGUAUCCAAGAUAGAGCUGAUGCUAAACCCUAAUAGUAUAUUGUGGAACUCAGGUUUGGUCCAACAUAGCAACACGCUGCUUUGGUCAUCUGAAUCGUCUUGAUGAGCACUUGAGAGAGCAGUAUUCAAGAUAGAGCUGAUGCAGAAACCUGGCAGUACCUAGUGGAACUCAGGUUUGGUGCAAGAUAGGCACACGCUGUUUUAGUCAUCCGAAUCGUCUUACUGAGCACUUGGGAGAGCAGUACCCAAGAUAGAGCUGAUGCUGACCCAAGGUGGAGCUGAUGCUGAACCCUGGCUGUAACUAAUCGAAUUCAGGUUUGGUGCAACAUAGGCACAUUCUAUUUUAGUCAUCUUACUCGUCUUGAGGAGCAUUUGAGAGAGCAGUACCCAGGAUAGAGCUAUUGUA